UCCACGGCAGCCCACAUCUUCCUGUCAGGGCUUUCCUCGCCGCAGAAACAAUAAACUACUGCGGUGUGUGUAUGAUAGAGAGCGAGAAAGAGAGAGAGAGAAAGAGAGAGAAAGAGAGAAAGAAAGUCUGAAUUUCUGCUUCCCAGCUACGAACAUCGCUCAGUAUCGAUCGCUGGUGUUCGUCUGUGUGUGUGUGAGUUUGUCACACUCAGGCUGUGUGUGUAACAGAAAUUUGAAUGAUUUGGGAUCACAGAGCUCAGUGAACGUGAAAAAAGCUGCUCCUCAGCUUCCAGGUUCGUCUCUUGGCCCGAGCUCCUCCUCAUCCCCGUCAUGGAGACGUUGUUCCUCAUCUUUGUGAUAUUUCUGGAGAGAAAGAUGUUGGAAUCUGCAGAGGGUGCGAGGGUGAGGCUGGUGAAUAGCGGCAGCCCGUGUGCCGGAAGAGUGGAGGUUUACCACGAUGGACAGUGGGGCACAGUGUCUGGCUUUGGCUCUGGUGCCUCUGGUUGGGAUAUGUUGGACGCGGCUGUGGUGUGUAAGGAGUUGGGCUGUGGAGCCGCGCUGUCAGCAUCAGGAGACGCUCACUUUGGCGAAGGCUCAGGUCCCGUUGUGGCGCGGUAUGUUCGGUGCAGAUGGAUCGAUUCUGCUCUGAGGCGUUGUCCCUCAUGGGGUUGGCGUCAUUAUAACUGGAUUUCACACUCCCAUGAUGCCGGCGUCAUCUGCUCAGAUUCGUUUCAGAAACCCGCAAUUUCCCUGAAGCCAGAUUCCCGGAUGUUUGUGAAAGGAGAAAGCGCUGAGAUCUCGUGUUCUGGGAAUUAUCCUGGCAGCAAAUUCACUUUCUACAGAGACGGCAAGAUUAUCAAAUCAGAACUAGCGCCAAAGAUUCAUAACGUGGUCACAUUCACCCCAUCGGAGAUCAGCGCAGGACAUUACUGGUGUGAAUAUACUGAAUCAAUGGACGGACGAGAGCGCACAUCACCAGAGCGCGAACGCGUGGGAAUCUCUAUACUGGGUAGGAACGAUUAG